AUGAAUCGAUCAAUGACUUUUGUGGCGUUACUAGCGAUUCUUGUGUCGGUCGCAGACCUUGGGUUAGCUCAUGUUGGUCUUAGUAACACCAACUCUGUGUGGUACGACGCACAUGCGACGUUCUACGGCGACCUUAGCGGCGGAGAAACCAUGCAAGGAGCAUGUGGCUACGGAGAUUUAUUCAAACAAGGUUAUGGCUUAGAGACGGCAGCGCUAAGCACGGCGCUCUUUAACAACGGCCAGACUUGUGGUGCUUGUUUUGAGCUUGAAUGUGUGAACUCACAAUGGUGCAAACCAAAGGCCGGUUCAAUCAAAAUCACAGCCACUAAUUUCUGCCCACCUAAUUACGCCGAACCGGUUCAGUACCAUUGGUGCAACCCUCCUAACAAACACUUCGAUCUAUCGAUGAAAAUGUUCACUUCGAUCGCUGAGUACAGAGGAGGGAUAGUUCCGGUUAGGUUCCGGCGAGUGGCUUGUCAGAAGAGUGGUGGUGUGAGGUUUGAGAUCAAGGGAAAUCCUUAUUUUAUAAUGGUUUUGGUGUAUAACGUUGGAGGGGCAGGAGAUGUAAUUAGCGUGGCGAUUAAAGGGGAUAAGAGUAAUUGGGUCGCUAUGCAGAGGAAUUGGGGGCAAAUUUGGAAUACCGGUGUGAAUUUGGUGGGACAAAGGCUCUCGUUUAUGGUUCGAACCAGCGAUGGUAGGAGCAUGACGUUCUAUAAUGUGGCGCCCGAGUCUUGGGGAUUCGGUCAAACUUUUGAAGGAAGAUCAAAUUUCUAG